AUGGCUUCAAGGUUACUUUGCGGAGCUGGAGCACUGGUCGCACAGGCCCUGAGGGCCCGCGGUCCCACCGGGGUGGCCGCGGUGCGCUCCAUGGCGUCUGGAGGUGGUGUUCCUACUGAUGAUGACCAGGCAACUGGGCUGGAGUGGGAGGUCAUGUUGGCUGCGCGGAAGGGACUGGAUCCAUACAAUAUGCCAGCCCCAAAGGCAGCUUCAGGCACCAAGGAAGACCCCAGUUUGGUCCCCCUCAUCACCAACAAGCAAAUAGUGGGCUGCAUCUGUGAAGAGGAGAACAGUGCUGUCAUCUGGUUCUGGCUGCACAAAGGCGAGACCCAGCGGUGCCCUAGCUGUGGAACCCAUUAUAAGCUGGUGCCCCACCAGUUAGCCCACUGAG